UUAUUGAUUCGUCAAGUUAAUGUAGCUUAGCGGAUUCUGUGAAUUCAGUUUAUGAAACUUGAGUAUCUAUCUGGAAAUACCUUUUGAAUAUUUUGGGUUUUUGAUCUCUGAUCCUUCUUCCUUUUCCUCUAAUCCAUGGAUUAUUGCUAGCCGAUGUUGUUUUCCAUUUGAUACUGAUUUUUGUUCUUUGAGUUUGGUUCCCUCUUGUUGUGUGUGGAAUAACACCCUUCAAUUCCUUUGAACUUCCCAAAAGUUUCCACUAAACCACCUUUUGAUCUUGUUCAUCUCUGUUUAAUUCUGUGAUCUUGUUUUAAAUGAACAUUUUCCCGCACGUACUUGGGACAAUAUGUGCAAAUUUAUUGAGUAAAGAAAGCUAUGAUCUAGAGUUACUGUUUCAUGUUUAAUGUAUUUGGAUCAUGAACUCAUGCAAUUCUGUACUUGCUUUCAUAUUUUCAGAUUGGGUUAUAUUUGAGGAAUAGUGAUUAUCCAGUUCAUAUCAAUGAGGGUUAUUUGCCUUCUAGUAUUGAUGCUUCUCUUCAAUGGGAGUUCUUCAAUUGGAGAUAGCAAAAAUGUAUCCAUGAGACCUGAUGUUGUCGACAUUGGGGCUUUAUUCUCUUUCAGUUCUAUGAUCGGCAGAGUUGGAAAAAUUGCCGUGGAAGCUGCGGUCGAGGAUGUAAAUUCCGAUCCAUCCAUCUUGGGGGGGACGAAGCUGAAGCUCAGUUUACAUGAUACCAAUUACAGUGGAUUCUUGGGCAUCAUUGAAUCCUUGCGUUUCAUGGAGACUAAGACUUUGGCCAUAAUUGGCCCACAAAACUCUGUGACUGCUCAUGUUUUAUCUCAUAUUGCAAACGAGCUCCAAGUCCCUUUAUUGUCGUUUUCGGCUACAGAUCCCACACUGUCAUCACUUCAGUUUCCUUUCUUUAUUAGAACUUCACAGAAUGAUCUGUAUCAGAUGGCUGCCGUAGCUGAAAUAGUUGAUUACUUUCAAUGGAGACAAGUGAUUGCCAUCUUUGUUGAUGACGACCAUGGUAGAAAUGGUAUUGCAGCAUUGGGGGAUCAACUUAAUGAGAAACGAUGCAAGAUCUCGUUAAAAGUACCAUUGAAGCCUGAUGCAAGUCGAGACGAGGUCACUGAUGCACUUGUUAAGGUGGCUUUAUCAGAGUCUCGGAUACUCGUUGUUCACACUUAUGAGACCACAGGUAUGGUGGUGCUCGAUGUGGCUCGAUCUCUUGGAAUGACAGAACCUGGGUAUGUAUGGAUAGCUACUAACUGGCUUUCUUUACUACUCGACACGAAUUCUCCUCUACCUUCUUCUUCUAUGGAAAAUAUUCAAGGACUUGUUGCUUUGCGUCUUUAUUCACCAGAUUCUGCACUGAAGAGGAGUUUUGUUUCAAGGUGGACUAACUUGACUAAUGGAAAGGCAUCAAGUGGUCCGCUCGGGUUGAGUACGUAUGGAUUAUAUGCUUACGAUACGGUUUGGAUGCUGGCUCAUGCAAUAAACGCAUUUCUUAAUGAAGGUGGAGAUCUUUCAUUCUCAAAACCUUCCAAGUUUACUGGAACUGAUGUUGGAACUUUGAACUUGAACUCUAUGAGCAUCUUCAAUGGUGGGAAGACACUACUUCAUAGAAUUUUAGACGUCAAGUUUACUGGAAUAACAGGUCGAGUUGAGUUCACUCCAGAUAGGGACAUAAUCCGCCCUGCAUUCGAAGUGAUCAACAUAAUCGGCACGGGAGAGAGGAGAAUUGGUUAUUGGUCUAACUAUUCUGGUUUGUCAACUGUGCCUCCUGAAAGCCUUUACUCGAAACCACCUAACCGAACCAGUUCUAAUCAAAAGCUAUAUGAUGUGGUAUGGCCUGGACAAGCAACACAGAAGCCUCGUGGAUGGGCAUUUCCAAACAGUGGAAGACGAUUGAGAAUCGGAGUCCCGAGACGAGUAGGUUAUCAAGAAUUUGUCUCACAAGUAGAAGGAACCGACAUGUUCCGAGGCUACUGCGUCGAUGUCUUUACUGCAGCAAUCAACUUGUUGCCUUAUGCAGUCCCCUAUAAGUUAAUUCCAUUUGGAGAUGGCGUUACUAAUCCGAGCGGAACCGAACUUGUUCGUCUACUCUCAACUGGGGUCUUUGAUGCAGCUAUGGGUGACAUCGCAAUUAUCACGAACCGAACCAGGAUGGCCGACUUUACGCAGCCAUACAUCGAGUCUGGCUUAGUAGUCGUAGCCCCGGUCAAGAAGUUGAACUCUAAUGCUUGGGCUUUUUUACGGCCGUUCACCCCGAAGAUGUGGUGCAUUACUGCUGUGUCUUUUCUUGUAAUAGGAGCAGUUGUUUGGACUUUAGAGCAUCGGAUAAAUGACGAUUUUCGGGGGCCUCCGAAGCGACAAAUUAUUACUAUUCUAUGGUUCAGCUUUUCAACUCUGUUCUUCUCUCAUCGGGAAAACACCGUCAGUACCCUCGGUCGAAUCGUGCUGCUCGUAUGGUUAUUUGUUGUUCUAAUUAUCAACUCGAGCUACACUGCAAGCUUGACCUCUAUCCUUACAGUUCAACAACUUUCUUCUCCUGUCAAAGGGAUUGAAACUUUGAUUUCAAACAAUGACCCAAUUGGCUAUCAGCAGGGUUCAUUUGCUCGAAACUACUUGAUCGAGGAACUUGGCAUUCAUGAGUCGAGACUCGUUCCACUCGUCUCAACAGAACACUAUGUCAAAGCAUUGAAUGACGGGCCAACGAAUAACGGUGUUGCUGCUAUUAUCGACGAGCGAGCAUAUGUAGAGCUCUUCCUUUCGACCCGUUGCGAAUACAGCAUUGUUGGCCAAGAGUUCACCAAAAAUGGGUGGGGAUUUGCUUUCCAGCGCGACUCUCCUUUAGCAGUUGACAUGUCCACAGCUAUUCUUAGACUCUCCGAAAAUGGUGAUCUUCAAAGGAUCCAUGACAAAUGGUUAAUGAAAAGUGCUUGUACAUCACAAGCCUCGAAAUUCGAGGUGGAUCGACUUCAGCUCGGUAGCUUUUGGGGACUUUUUCUAAUAUCUGGAUUAGCCUGCUUGCUCGCUCUAUUGAUAUACCUCUUUCUAACGGUGCGCCAAUAUAGCAAGCAUUACCCUGAAGAACUUGGGUCUUCCGAGCGAUCUUCUCGAUCGUCAAGCUUGCAUAGAUUUCUUUCUUUUGCAGAUGAAAAGGAAGAAGUCAUCAAAAGUCGAUCCAAGCGUCGACGGAUGCAGGAGGCUUCGGUUCGAAGCAUGAAUGAAGAAAAUUCGACAUGCAGUUCAAGAAAACAUGGCCAUGAUGAUGGUUAUGAUAUUGAUGCAUGAUCUUAUUGGAUAAUAGCAUAUGUUGCAAUAUUACAAAAUAUUUGCUAAUCCAUACAUAGAAACAGUACUAGCCAAUCAAA